AUGACUAGCCAGUUCGCUGUUAAAAUAUGUGCGAAUAGUUAUAGAGGGCCCGCGCAAUUCGAAGUUAGGGAGAUAGAAGCUGAAGUAACGCAAGCUCAUAAGGUAUUGAGAGGAGUAGGGAGUGACUCCGCGAUCGCGUUGUGCACCGAAAAAGUAAAUCUAACGAUUAGGGGUAGUGAUAGAUCUUUCGAGUUAAACAAUGUACUCGUGGUGAGCGAGUUAGCGUUACCGGAACAACGUGUAGAUGUGCCGCUGAGUAUGGAACAGGAAUUAGACAAACAGAUGAAGCUAUAUUUUGACAUCGAAGCGAUCGGUAUUAGUACGCAUGUCAAGGCGAAACGUGAGGAUAGGCGCGCCUUAGAAAUCUUAGAAGCCACGUGUACGCACACGGGCCGGGAAUGGCAGGUCGGUUUGCCAUGGAAAGAGGACCACGUUACGUUUUCAGACGGUAGAAAAACGGCGUUACAACGGUUGAAAUCGUUAGAGAAAAAAUUAGACCGCGACGAGGCAUACGCGAAGAUGUACUAUCGGGAAAUAGACCGGAUGUUCGAAAAGGGUUACGCGCAGAAAGCUACGGCUGUACCGUUGGGAAAGAGACUUCGAUAUUUACCGCAUUUCGGGGUAUACAAUAUCAAUAAACCGAAUAAAGUACGGGUGGUUAAGGACGCGGCGGCAAAAGAGGAGGGCGUAAGUUUUAAUGACCUUCUGUUAACGGGUCCGGAUUUAUUAAAGUCCCUUCCGGGAGUCAUUAUGCGAUUCAGGCAAUUCGCGUAUGCUGUGAAAGGAGACAUUCGCGACAUGUUCUUGAAAAUCAAGAUACGCGAGGAGGAUCAGGACGCGCAGAGAUUCUUAUGGCGAGGAGCGGAUAGGCUGGGAGAGCCGGUCGAAUAUCGGAUGACCUCGAUGCUGUUCGGGGCAAAGUCAUCGCCAUGCACCGCGAUCUACAUUAAAAACAAAAAUGCAUCGCGUUACUUUUCGAUUUUUCCGGAUACCGCGUUUAGUCUGAUCGAAAAUUGCUAUAUGGAUGAUUUUCUGGAUAGUUGCGAAACUAUAGAAUCGGCGACCGAUAGGGUUCGACAAGCGAUCGAGAUAAAUAAAUUCGCUAACUGGGAAAUGCACGGUUGGUGUAGUAAUGCAUCAGAGGUUUUAAGCGGGUUAAAAACGGACGAUGAUCCGAGUAGUCUAGUGAAAUCGGAGGUGAAUCAGAUUAGUGAUGAAAAGGUCUUAGGGUUAAGGUGGCUCAACACCAGUGACGAGCUAAUGUUUAGCUUCAAUCAGCACAAGAUUACAGCUGAAUUUUAUUCGGGACAGAGAAGGCCCACAAAGCGGGAAUUUUUAGGGAUAAUCAUGUCCAUUUUCGAUCCGUUAGGGUUUCUUACCCCGUUCACCAUUCAGUCUAGGAUAUUAAUGCAGGAGAUUUGGGAGAAUGUAUUGGUUACUGAUGCGAUGUUUGCUGCCCUCUUUCCUGAAGGCGUGGAGAGCGACUCUUAA